AUGUUUGUUUACGAAGGCAGACUCAACUGGGGCAGUUCCGCUCGCGAUGAGACAGCUGCCAUUAUUUUGCCUUCUGGCACGAUGCGUGCCGGAGACCCCGUCUUCAUCCUGUCCCAAUGGACCCGUGAUUCCGGAGGAAACAGGAAGGCUCCUCUAUCCCAGAAAAUAACUAUCGACAAGGUCACCAAGACUGCCAAUGGUAACGACACCUUUGAAGUCAAGCCAGGUUACUACAGAUGGAACAUGACCUCUCGUGACAACUACGACAAGCUUGACUUUGUCCUAUCCACAGACACCACAACAGCUACAAGCCGUAUGGAGUUUAAGCGCGUCUGGAAGCCUGCAAACCCACAAUCAAAAGAAGCCGGCAAGAUUUGGGUCAGCAAACUCACCUGGCCCGUCUUGGCAGACAAUGAAUUUUGCCUAUUUAUUGCCCCAGAAGGGUUUGGCGAAGGGAAGCCUUUCCUCUCAAUGUGGCAGUGGCCCUAUGACAAAGAUCUCAAUGAAAGAGUGCCUAUCUUCCGGACUGGGAAGCAGAGCAUUGGCAUGCUUGACAGCACCUCUGCCAUGUUCACCUGUCAACUGGACUCUGACUACCUGGUUACCUGUGCCUGGGAAAAGACAACUGAUGUCCUUACUGUCUUUAUGAAGGGGCCCGAAGGCAACGAAGAGGUAGGCGAGUUUAAGUUAUUUGCAAAUACCAAGCCUCGCGACGAGGUUCCAGAUUGCAAAGACGAAGUUACAGAGCUGAAGAGAAAGAUUACGGAGUUGAGUACUAAUCUCACUGCUGAGAAAGCAAAGACUGCCAGCUUGACGGCGCAGCUUGCUCAAGCCCAAACGACCUGUCAAACUGAGAAGACGCAGAAGGACAACGAGAUUACGAGGUUGACAGCCAAUGUCUCACAGCUGGAGAGGGACAAGACUAUUCUCCAGACCAAACUUGACGAAGCUCUUCGCAGCAAGGGCGAACAAGGCCAGAAAGAUGAAAAGAUCAGUGAACAGGCUGGUCGCAUUGCCGAACUCGAGAGGAAGCUUCAAGGCCGGCCUGAAAUCUUGUUCCGUACCUGGUUAAGGAGUAGGGUAACACAUGGCUACAGCAAUGGUAAGGAGUACUUGCUUCAAUUGACCAAUGCAGGAAAUUAUGAGGGCAAGCCCCCUGUUUCAAUCAGAGAACAGAAUGCUCGGUAUAUAAGCCCAUUGUGGGAGAUUUAUGCUGUUGAUGGCUCUAAUGAUGCUGUCAUAAUCAUGAGCGGGCCCAGCGGCUAUGUUAUUUGGUCUAAGGGACAUGAAAAGAAGGCCCAAGCCUCCAAGCACGACCUCUCAGACCCUGCAGCACAUUGGGUUCUAGAGGGCAUGAAAAGAGAUAGCCCUAGCAUGAACAAAGUAAUUAAGAUCCGAAAUGUCAAGGAUGGUACAUAUCUCGAUGUGAGAAAUGCGCAUGCGGCAGACGAAACUCCUGUCAUCACACAAAAUGGCAAUAGUGGAUCGAGCCAGAAGUUUGAGAUCUACUUGACUUGGCAGUAUUAA